UUCUUUUGCCUUUUGUUUAGCCCCCUUCUUGCGAUGGAACGGUCUUUGUUUACAGAUUUAACUCUGCUUUCGCAGCAAGACCAGAAACAUGACCGGACGCAGUUCUUUUUAAAAUCAACGAUUUUUAAAUUAAUGACUACUUUUCGCCCAUCCUGUGUUAAGUUAGAAACUGCUUAGGAAGCGGACUCGGGGGCAGCCAUUAGUUUAAUGCGUGCGUUGCUGGACUGUUAUUCCAGUCAUUAUUUUUAGAGUGAAUUUCCAUCCUGCCGGAUUGGCGAGAGGUGGCACCUGUGGUUGUACUAUAAACAGGAUGUACUGCGCUCACUCCCCACGGCUGCGUGUACAGGGCUCGCUAAAACAACGACCUUCACCUAGUUAAAGGACAAUGGGAGCUGACUCAAAGAUCCUGCGUUUGCAGCCAACUGAAAAUGGAAAAAAUUGACGGGAAAAGUUUAGAUUCUGAGCAUGAUGUGCAUACACAUCUACCUUCGUCAAAAUGGCUUCAGCAUCAUGGGCUCAAGAAAAGCCGAUUAACUCUGUCUCAAGUUCUAUCACAGAUUGGAUUUAAACACAGGGAAGAUUUUGACCGCAGGUUGCAAAAGUCUGUGUCUUCAUGUUAUGGUGAAGGAUUGUUUCAGCAGUACUUGAGAAAAGAUGGCAGAAUUUACAAUAUAACAGCCAAUCAAGAACAGCUUCAGCAAUUCAUUGUGUCUCUUACCAAGGCAAUCAAGUUCUACCAGCAGCGACUGGAGUGGUUAAACAGUGGGAGCCGCCAACUCUUUGGCGUAAUUCAGGAACGAUGCAUCACUAUCGUUUUAGACUUCGCCCCAAUGUCCGAGAGCCUGUUUCACCUUUGUUGCCACGUUCUUUGCAUGGUUCUCCAGGAGCAAGUGGCACUGAUUAGAAAAAUCAACCUUAUUAGGGCUGCUGAAGAAAUGGAUAUGUGGCAAGACAAAGCUGUUCCUGUUAGCUCUCAGGCAAUAGUCUCAGCAGUUGACUGGAUAGAGAAUCUUCGCCAUAUGCCAGUUACCAGCAAGACAAGCUCCGUGGAGGCUGUGCUGCAAGCAACAAGUGAUAAAACUAUUGAAGCCGUUUACUUCUUUGCUGCUGGUGAUAGUCCUCAGGGGAUGAGAGAACUUCUGCGUCAGAAGUUGGCGAACAGUCCCUGUCCAGUCCACACCAUCUCAUUCAAUGCCAAAGAGGAAACAACAGUGCGGUUUCUGAAAGAACUGGCUCAUUGCGCUUCAGGAAGGUUCCAUGCAUUUGGUCUAAUUAAUGGAUAUGAAGAGGAAGAAAUAUCAUUUACCAAAGGCUUGAAUGACUCUGACACUCAGGUUCCAAAGAUUCACAGGAAACUUAUUGGCGGUGUGCCACCAGGAGCUGGAGUCAGAGAAGAUGUGUUUCUCAUCUGGAGCGAGAUAGAGGAAGCCAGAAACACAUUGGCAGAAGUUCAAACCAUUGUUGCGGGGCCCCCUCGGACCACGUUUAACACAGUGCCUGUGUAUCAGCCAAUAUCACCAUCAAAAAUAGAGGAUUAUAUCACUUCGAAGAAAUGGCUUGAGAAAUACGGAUUAAAGGCUCGUAAACUGAUGUUCCAUGAUGCACUUGUAGACUGUGUCUUUCGGCACUCUGAUGGCGUGGUGGACAUUAAGGGAAAGCCAGUGAACGAGUGCAUUCAGACUGAUGCAGAAUCUAAUAUGAAAUUGGUAAAUGCCAAGUACUGCAGCCACUUUGCACACACCCAGUGGAAAGAUGGUUCUGUAAUGCAUGUCUACAUCACUGCUGAAAAGUGCAAACAAUACCAACAGAAAAUGAAGACUGCGCUGGAACAGAUGCAAAGAAGAAUUAACUGGCUUCAGAAGGGGAGCAGGGAGCUGUUUGGGACAAUAAUUGAAGAUCAAAUAUAUAUCCUGGUUGAUACCUCUCAAUCCAUGAAAGAUAAACUAGAGUUGGUUCAAAGAAAGAUCUUUCAACUCAUGCAGGAACAGCUCAGACACAAGAGCAAGUUCAAUUUCGUGAAGUUUGAUUCCAGAGUUGAACCUUGGCAGGAGAAGCUGGCAGAUGUGACUGAGAAAAAUAUUGAAAGUGCUUGGUCUUGGAUCCAAGGACUUCAGGUUGGAGGUUCCACUAACACGCUGGGAGCUAUCCGAUUUGCUUUAGCUGAUGCCGGCACUGAAGCUGUCUACCUGCUCUCUGAUGGAAGGCCUGAUCAGCCUCCAAAAACCAUUUUUGCUCAGGUGCAGCUGGCCCAGCCUGUCCCUAUUCAUUCCAUUGCGUUUAACUGUGAUGAUGCUGAAGCCAACAGAUUUCUAUACGAACUUUCAGAGAAGACUGGUGGACGGUUCCACUCCUACAACUGUGAUAUGAGGGAGGCCAAUAAUCCCCCGCCAUUUAUGAGUGAAGAUAUCUGCCUAUUGAAGAAGGAGAUUGAGAAGGGAAAGGAAGAUUUGGAGAAGGUGGAAAAACUUCAUGCAGAGUGCAUAAUGCUGGACUGGUAUCAUAACUGUGAAGAAUCCAGACCAAACAACAAUGUUGCUCUUGACAUUCCAAUUAAGAGGCCAGCCUGGAGCAACAACACAGCUGGGCUCCAUUCCUUAGAUACCAGGAGCCCUUUGAGACCUCGUUCAGCUUUGGAUUUGGUUUCUACCACACACAGAAACCACUGGGGCAGAUACCAUAUCUACAGUUCAAAUACUGCCAAGAAAUCAAAGGAGCUUCAGAAGAAAAAAGUCUUGCUUGCAGCACACACAAAUUCUAGCCUACUUAGGAGUUUGAGUAACGGUGUUAAAGUCGAUGAGAAUUUGCUGGAUGGAUGGAUGCUUCCAGAAAACAAGGAGUUGUUUGUGACUAAUUAUAACAAGGAAUUGAAGGUCCUGAAUGGCCUCAGUAAGCCAGAAACUCCUCCUAUAGAGCCAGGAAGGCAGUUUGUAAACUCUCUGGAUAUUUCUUCGGCUCAGUGGCUGAAGACAAAUAGCCUGACAGCCAAGCGACUCACGAUAAUGGAUGCUCUUGCACCAACUGCUGUCCCUCAAACUGCAAAGUAUGUCCCAGUCUUGGACAAGUAUAUUGUAUCCAAAGUCUUUGAUCAGGUGCUGCCUUUAGCUCACGUCAGCAGCAACAAGAAGCAAAUUACACUUAUUAAUCCAUUGGCUGUGAACCUGAAAGAUUACAAAGUGAGGCUUCGCCAAGCUAUCCAGACUUAUGAAAAGCGUUUGAGUUCGAUUAUCUGGAGAGUAUUAUCUCAAGUGGAGCGAGAUAGGUUCCGCAGCGAUAAACCAAUUUCAUUUCGAGAGCAUAGGGAGGCAUUACUCCAAGCUUUGGAUAGAAUGGGCUGGCCAAUUCCUCAGGAGGAUGUUACUCUGUUAGAGGAUGAAAUCUCCACUGGCUUCUCAUAUGAACAGCAAGCCUCUGAUCUCCAGAAAGCUGCUAAAGAGAAGGAGUUGGGGACCCUGACUGACAGCAGAAGGAACUAUAGACCCUCUGUAAAAAAACCCACAAAACAGACCAGGAGAAUUUUGGAUACUUUCAGAGGGCAGAGGGUAAUUGCAAGGUCAGAGGUUGAUGGCUUUUAUUAUGCAGGCAUUAUAACCAGGUGUGUUGGUGCCAGAAAAGUAUUGAUUGAUUUCACCAAAGGAGACACUCAGAUUACACCAACUCAGUUUGUAAUCCAGAUUGGAGGAGCUGCACCUUGCCCUGCAUUAAAGGUUGGAGACUUUGUUUUGGUUCAUAGCAAUGUGCAACCAGAAAAUGAUUGUUAUAAACCUGGUGUGGUCAUAGCAACCCCAAACAAAUGCAGGGCUGAUGAUAAAUUUUAUACGGUUUUGAAAUACAACAACAAAAGGGAACUUUCAUUCCGUAAUGGACUGAUUAAAAUCAGCUCAACUCAGUAUUCCUUCAUCAGUCGUUACAUAAGAGAGGCUCAGCUGACAGAUCACACAAUACAUAGUGUGCAAUUUAUAAAACCUAUUUCAAAACCAGUUAAGUCACAGGAACUGCAAGAAAGCUUGUCAUCUUCUGAUGAAGGACACAGGACGAAGCCAAAGGAAAGAGUGAAACUCAAGAAAUAUCAUAGAAUGCGCAAAGAUUCUUCAUUUGCUGAGGACUGUGAAUGGCGGUCGGGCUCUGGAUCAGAAUCCAAACUGAAAGAGUUGAAUUCUUCAACUGAAAGCGAUAGUCAUGAAAACUCGUACAACUCUUGUUCAGAAUCUGUAUAAUCGAUUUCUCAAUCUGGUGGAUUAAUCAGUUUCUCACUUUGUACCUGUUCAAAUCUAGGGAUGGACAACUGCUUUGACUUUCUCAUACAACUUACGCACUGCACUCUGUUGGGUAGUCACAGCUGUAACCUUCCUUAGGGGGAGUGUGAGAAAGGGUAACAGCUGAGCCUCCAGUGUUUGAGGGGUAAUUGAUAAGUUCAUGGCCUAGGGUAGAAGGAGUCAAUUUUAGAAAACCUAGCACAUUUAUUUUUCAACAUAGUCCCCUCCUACAUUUACACACUUAGUCCAGCAGUUGUGAAGCACACGGAUCUUGGACCUCCAGAAAGUGUUCACAGAGGGGUGAUUGAUAAGUUUGUGACCUAAGGUAGAAGGCGAUGAGUUACACAGCUCUCGUUACAUGCACAUACAGUUCAACUCUUUGAGUGAUUAUGCAGAAAGUUUGAAGUUAAUAACUAUUCAGUUAAUAACAUAUCAGGGGUGAUUGAUAAGUUCAUGGCCUAAGGUAGAAGGAGAUGUUAUUAAUUGACUCCUACCUUAGGCCACAAACUUAUCAAUCACCCGUUGUAGAGAGGUGAUGAGAAGUAACAAUGAAGGCAAGUAAUUAAAAUGGAAAGCAAUGUUAAAGUGCACCCAAAGCAAAACUUCAAACAGAUAGAGGUUGAAAUUCCAAAUGUUGGUAUAUAUCGCACCGCAGAAAUUGGGAUGAUUUGUAAGCAAAACAUCGUGAAAUUGUAUGCAAAUACUCAAUAAAUUAUCUUUGUGAUU